AUGCAACUCUCUCUCAACUUAUGCGGUGGUUUCGCCGUCAGGAUCAGCUUCAGCCAGGCGGUGUUCGACGGCCAGGGCGCGGCGCAAUUCCUCACGGCGGUGGGGGAGGGAGCGCGGGGGCUCCAGGUGCCGUCAGUGACUCCUGUGUGGGACCGCGACGCGAUCCCAGACCCUCCCAGCAGGCCGCCGCCUCAGCUCACGGAGUUCAGGCUCGUGACCCAGGUGGCCGACAUAUCGGCGGAGAGCAUCGCUCGCAUCAAGGACGAGUUCAAGCAGGCUGCCGCGACAUCGAGGGGAGAGGUUUGCUCCACCUUUGACGCGGUAAUGGCCAUAGUGUUCAAGUGCCGCGCGCUGGCGCUGGCAUCAGCGCUCCCUGACGACGCCGCUGUCCGGAUCGCCUUCGCCGCCGGCACGCGACACCUGCUCCGUGGUGUGCUGCCGGCGGUGGACGGCUACUACGGCAACUGUGCGUACCUGGCGUGCGUCACUAUGGCAGGCAAGGCCGUCCGCAAGGCGUCGCUGGCGGAGGGCGUCGGCGCGGUACGUAAGGCGAAGGAGGCUGUCCCAGCGCAGUUUGCCGGCUGGAUGCGCGGCGUCGAUCACUACGACGUGCCGCUGGACUACAGCACGGUGACGGUGUCAGACUGGAGCGACCGCGUCGGCUUCCACGAGGUGGACCACGGCUUCGGCGCUCCCGGGUACGUGUUCCCGCUCAACGACCACGUCAACUUCGUCGCGUCGCUCAAUUACGUCAGGCCGCCGGCGCCAAAGCGUGGGGGCAUCCGGGUGGUGCUCUGCUGCGUCGAGGAGCCUCACGCCGCUGCCUUCGCUGUCGAGCUCGCCAAGUUCGCCUAG